UCAGGCCGGGUUUUCCCUCCGCCUUUAGGGCAGGCGAGCGAGCGCCGCCGAGCGCGUCCCUCCCUCGCCAAUCCGGCUCCAGCGCCCGCCCGCCCGCGUUUUCCCGGCGCUUACCGCACGGCCGCUCCGGCCCCGCUCGCAGUCUCGGCCGGAGCCGGCUCCUUGGAGGGAGGGUUCGAAUCCGCGCGAGGGAACUGCAGCGCGCGAGGGGUGCGGAGCGGCGCCAGCAUGAAGCGGCUGCCUGUGCCCUGUUGAAACUUCAUGGCCACAGCCCCAGGUCCUGCUGGCAUUGCCAUGGGCAGCGUGGGCAGCCUAUUGGAACGGCAGGACUUCUCCCCUGAAGAGCUACGGGCGGCACUCGCAGGGUCCCGCAGCUCCCGCCAGCCUGAUGGGCUCCUUCGGAAGGGCUUGGGCCAGCGUGAGCUCCUCAGCUACCUGCACCUCCCCAAGAAGGACAGCAAGACCACCAAGCGGGCCCCUCGGAAUGAGCCUGCCGACUAUGCCACUCUCUACUACCGGGAACAUCCUCGAGCCGGUGACUUCAGCAAGACGUCGCUGCCUGAGCGGGGUCGCUUCGAUAAGUGCCGCAUUCGCCCAUCGGUAUUCAAGCCUGUGGCGGGCACCGGGAAAGGCUUCCUGUCCAUGCAGAGCCUGGCAGCCCACAAGGGCCAGAAGCUGUGGCGCAGCAAUGGCAGCCUGCACACGCUGGCCUGCCACCCGCCCCUGAGCCCGGGGCCCCGGGCCAGCCAGGCACAGGCUCGUGCCCAGCUGCUGCACGCCCUCAGCCUGGACGAGGGCGGCCCUGAGCCUGAGCCCAGCCUGUCCGACUCCUCCAGUGGGGGCAGCUUUGGCCGCAGUCCUGGCACCGGCCCUGGCCCCUUCAGCUCCUCCCUGGGCCACAUUAACCACCUUGGGGGCUCCCUGGACCGGGCCUCGCGGGGCCCCAAGGAGGCUGGGCCGCUGGCUAUGCUGAGCUGUCUGCCUGAGCCACCGCCCCCCUACGAGUUCUCCUGUCCCACUGCCGAGGAGGUGGGAGCCACGCUGCCGGAUACCUGUGAGGAGCUCAAGAGGGGCCUCGAUGACGAGGAUGGCGCCAACCCCUUCACACAGGUACUGGAGGAGCGCCAGCGGCUGUGGCUGUCUGAGCUGAAGCGCCUGUACAUGGAGCGGCUGCAUGAGGUGGCCCAGAAGGCUGAGCGCAGCGAGCGCAACCUCCAGCUGCAGCUGUUUAUGGCCCAGCAGGAGCAGCGGCGCCUGCGGAAGGAGCUGCAGGCGCAGCAGGGCCUGGCCCCCGAGCCCCGGCCCCCAGGCACCCUCCCAGAGGCUGACCCCAGCGCCCGACCAGAGGAGGAAGCCCGAUGGGAGGUGUGCCAGAAGACAGCAGAGAUUAGCCUUCUGAAGCAGCAGCUCCGGGAGGCCCAGGCCGAGCUGGCGCAGAAGCUGGCUGAGAUCUUCAGUCUGAAGACACAGCUUCGGGGCAGCCGGGCACAAGCUCAGGCCCAGGACGCAGAGCUGGCCCGGCUACGCGAGACCGUGCGGAGCCUGCAGGAGCAGGCCCCCCGGGAGGAAGCCCCAGGCAGCUGUGAGACCGAUGACUGCAAGAGCAGGGGGCUGCUAGGGGAGGCAGGAGGCAGCGAGCCCGCAGAUGGCGCUGAGCAGCUGCGGGCUGAGCUGCUGCAAGAGCGACUCCGGAGCCAGGAGCAGACUCUACGCUUCGAGCGGGAGCGGCGGACGUGGCAGGAGGAGAAGGAGCGGGUGCUGCGCUACCAGCGGGAGAUCCAGGGGGGCUACCUGGACAUGUACCGCCGCAACCAGGCGCUGGAACAGGAACUGCGGGUGCUGCGGGAGCCCCCCACACCCUGGAGUCCUCGGCUUGAGUCCUCCAAGAUCUGAGGCCAGUGGAGUGAGCUGGCAGCAGAAGCACUGUCAGAAGAUGGCUUGGGCAAGCCCUCCCUGAGAUGGCCGCCUCCUUCCUUACAUUGGUCUGGGGCAGAAUCUGCUGAGGCCAGCCAGGGCUGGGGGGGCCCACUGAGAGGAAGGAUCCAGUGGGCUGUGGGCUGGAGAGGGUGCCAGCAGCAGGAGCCAGGGCAAGGCGCUCCUAGUAGAGGAGCACCCAGGCAGGGCCCAGCCUUGCUUCCUGUAGUAGGUGUGGCCCAGAGAAGGAGGUUGGAGAAUGAAGAGCCCCAUGAUGCAGAAGGGCAGGCAUGAGGGAGGCUGGGCUGGGAACAUUGGCCUCCCUGCAAUAAAACCAUGUUUUCUACGAGGAGGCCCCAGGUGACCUGUGGGGCCCGUCUCUGGCCUGAGUCUAGAGGAUCGUGGAUGGUUGGGGUGUGACAUGGGCUGUAGCUCCUCCUGUGGUCACGGUCAGUGGGAGGGUGUGCCCGGUGCCUGUGUGCGCAGCUGCUGGGCAUGUGGUCGGUGAGGGGAGGAAUCUCCUUGCCCAGUGCCACACAGUUCCUUAGCUGCGGUGGGGGCUGAAAUUCCUUCACCGUCAGUGGGAUUUUUCAGAAGGAACAAUGCCAGGGAACCUAGGAAAACAGGCAAGUCACCCAAGGCAUUAUGAGAACAUAAAACAUUCUCCUAGUGGGAAGUCUAGGUCCCCAGUGCCCAUUCCUGCUGGAUCUGGGGCCGGCCUGAAACAGCUUCCGCUAGAGCACCCAAAGGCUCCAGUAGGGCCCUGCCCCUCCCCGAAUGCACUUCCCACCUUUCUGUCUGGCUGCGCUACACCCCUCCCUCCACAGGGAUGGGGGUCCCUGGGAACGUGCAGGAGACGAGGCAGAGAAAGCUUGUGGGUCUCUUGGUAAAGAGCCUUUACCACAGCAAGGAAUGUGGCCAUUUCCCUGUAGGCAUGGAGGGCCAUGGGGUCUUUUUAAGCGGGGGUGAGAUGUGAUCUGAUUUGUAUUCUGGAAAGCUCUGUCCUGGGAGGACACAGCUUCCUGUCCCUGGCCCUGCACUGUGCUCCCUGACCCUUGCUGUCAGCCAAGGCUGAUCCUCAGCCCUCUUAAGACCCGCUCCCACCCGUGGCCUGUCAGCAGUCUGACUUUCAAUCUGGGCCUUUGCUCCCCUUCUGGGCAGUGGCCUGAAGCACAGAUCCAGUCUGGCUGUGCAAGUGGGCUCUCUCCACCCCUCGUGGAGAUGCGUCGUCGUAACUGCCGCCAGGUAUUGAGUGCUCCCUGACUGCUAAGUGCUGUUAGGCCAUCAGGGCAUGGGGGCUCAGGGUUGGGUUAGAUGUGCUUCCUGCCCCAGGGGAGCUGGCAUACAGACGUCUCUCCCCUCCCAGUCCCUGCCCUGGUGGGGCGGCAGCCGCCUCUGAUGAGUUCUCAGCAGAAAUCCUCCAUUUGCUCUUUGGCUGUGCUCCUGCCCUCCAAGGCCACGCUGGCAGCCCCCUCAGGCCCCAGUCGGUGGGUCCUGGUGGAGAGUGGAGUUGCUGUGCAGGGCUGUGGAUGGAGCUGUGGAGUGAGCCCGUGUGCACUGCCUGUUUAGGCUGGAGAGGAGUGUGUGAGUUGUUUGCUGUGGGGAUGGUGUGUUUAUGGCCCGGUGAGUGGCAGGUGUGUGUAGAGAUGUGCUGUGGGUGGUGGGUGUGUCUGGGGGUGUGUGUUUGGGGCUCCUGGGUUGGAGGCCAGGAGGGCUGCUUCCUGACUGCUCCCUCUGUCUUGUGUCUUCCCACCAGCCCGAGCCCUUUUAGCGCUGGUCAGGCUUGGGUGGAGCCUGAGGCCAGGACAGACCUCAGGCCUAGCUGAGACUCACUUAGGCCCAUCCCUGAGGCCAGGUCCUCUGCCUGGGGAGGGAAACGGGGACCACCUGGGUUAAGCAGGCCUGUCCCCCACAGGCCUUGGAACAGGCCUUUGACAGACCCCUCCAAACCAAGGUCUCUGGGCCAGUGACCCUCCAGAGGUCCCCCCAGAGCUGGGUGCUAGCCUUAAGCCUGAAUCCCUCCCUCCCCACAGCCUGGAGCUGGUCAGGCUGCGUGCCCACGUGCCCUACAAUGUCCAGGUUGGGUGCCCACAUGCUCCAUAAUGGCUGGGGUCCACCUUUUGGUGUACCAGCUCUGCAGAACAGCUCCCCACCCAGCAAUUAGGGAGCUGGGCUGGCCAGUACAGCCAGUGGGGAGUGGGUGGGCGGUACCAAAACUUGGCAGCUGUGCCAGAAACCAAGGCCAGGCCCAGAUGUAGGGGAGGGCGCAAGAGAGCCGAAGCUGGAGCCUCGGAGGGAACCGGAUCCCUGUUAGCUCAUCCCUGCUGGGCAAACCAGUUCCUGGUCCCCAAGCCGGCUGGGUGGCUCUGGGGCCGGCUGAUCACAGGUGCCACUGUAGUGGCUGCUGCUUCGGGGCAGCCCCUCCCUCCUGCCCCUAGCAGGCCCCUCAGCUGCCCUCAGUCCCCUCUCCCAGCUGACUAGGUCCAGGCAGCCAGUUCUCCAGAACUGUGGCAAGCUCCCCACCCUGGGCUCUG